AUGCAUAGUUUUGAAUUCAAUGUGAAUCUUCAGGCCGGUCCAGGUGCGGAAGUUGAUAUUGCCGUGCACGUGUCCGUUCGUAUUUCGGAAGGAUACGUAGCGAGGAAUUCGUUCCAAAACGGUGAAUGGGGCGACGAGGAGGAUAAAGGUGAUCUGCUCAUUGGGGCAGGUCAAAAGUUCGAGAUUAUCAUCCUGUGCGGAUCGACAGAUUACAAAAUUGCCAUGAAUGGAAAGCAUUUCUGCGAGUUUCCACAACGCGUUUCUCCGAGAUCAACAUCGCACUUGUUCAUCGAUGGAGACGUCUCGCUUACAUUGAUCUCGUUCGAAGGUGGAGAUGAGAUGACCUCAUCUUCGGCUUCUUCUCAGCAAUCCGUUGGAGCUCCAUCGUUCCAGGGUCAGUAUGGACCUCCUCAGGGUCAGUACGGACCUCCUCAGGGUCAGUAUGGACCUCCUCAGGGUCAGUAUGGACCUCCUCAGGGUCAGUACGGACCUCCGCAGGGUCAAUAUGGUCCUCCGCAACAAGGCUAUGGACCACCGCCACCACCAGGUCAGCACGAAGAACAAUCCAGCGGUUUCGACUUCCUGGGGACAGCAGGAUCGGUGAUUGCUGGAGCAAUCAGCUCGGGGAUGGCUGAAAAGUUGAUCGGUUCUUUGACGAGCGGAGGAAACCAACAACAAGGCUCUCAGCAGCAGCAAAACCCAAAUAAUCAGCAACAGCAACAAUACCAGCAGCAACCGAAUCAACUGCAAAAUCAGCAGAAUUUCAGUUUGCCCCAAUUGGGUGGACACGGAUCGAUCGGUGGUCUGGGCAGCGUUGGUUCCUUAUUGACUGGAUUCGCAGAACAACUAUUGCAGCCGAAAAAGGAGGGACACCAUUGACGUGAAUCAACCGCUAGAUUUGACGGAAGCAUUUUUAUUUGUGUCUCAAUCUCUCUCUCUACGUUAUGCUUUAAAUUAUUAUAUUAAUUAAGAAACGCACAUCUAUUAAUAAUUAUUUAUUUCGUUAUAUACGUUGUGGGACAUUUUA